AUGGUCCCUCCAACCCUUGAAGACCGCACUGCCGUCGCGGCUGGCGAUAGCAACGGCAGCGCCAACAAGAAGCGCAAGGCCAGCGUCUCGUACGGCCACUACAACCACUACAAGGAACUCAACACCAGCAUGAUCAAGGCCAAGUUCCUGUCUAACCCGGAGGACCUGGGUGUGGUAGCUGUGGGAUUUUCUGGUGGACAGUGCAAGCCUGGCGUCGACGCCGCCCCCUCGGCACUGAUCGAGUCCGGCCUGCUGACCCAGCUGCGCGACGAGCUGGGCUACAAGCUGCACGGCGACGACACCGUCCAUCUUUACACCGACCUGGUGCCUACGCCUGGCAAUGACCCGCCCUACCGCGGCAUGAAGAACCCAAAGGCUGUGUCCGCCGUUACGCGCCGCAUUGCCGACCAGGUCUACAGCCACGCCAGCCAGGGUCGCCUCGUGCUGACCCUGGGCGGCGACCACUCCAUCGCUGUCGGCACAGUUGGCGGCACCGCAAAGGCUAUCCGCGAGAGGCUCGGCCGCGAGAUCGCCGUCAUCUGGGUCGACGCCCACGCAGACAUCAACACCCCCGAGACGUCUGGGUCGGGUAACAUCCACGGCAUGCCCGUCGCAUUCCUGACGGGGCUGGCCAACGAGGACAAGGAGGAGUACUUUGGCUGGCUGGAAGAGUCGAACCGUCUGUCGCUGCGCAAGCUGGUGUACAUCGGUUUGCGGGACGUUGAUGCUGGCGAGAAGAGGAUACUGAGGGAGAACGGCAUCAAGGCAUUCAGCAUGUUUGACAUUGACAGACACGGCAUUGGUCGCGUGAUGGAGAUGGCCCUCGCCCACAUCGGUAACGACACCCCCAUCCACCUCAGCUUCGACGUCGACGCCCUCGACCCCCAAUGGGCCCCAAGCACCGGUACCCCCGUGCGCGGCGGCCUGACCCUGCGCGAGGGUGACUACAUCGCCGAGUGCGUCCACGAGACGGGCAACCUGAUCGCCAUGGACUUGGUCGAGGUCAACCCCAGCCUGGUCGCCUCUCAGAACGACCCUGGCGCCAGCGAGACGGUGCGCGCAGGGUGCAGUCUGGUCAGGUGUGCUUUGGGUGAGAGCUUGUUGUAA